AUGGCCGACUCGGAUCCAGAGUAUGAUGCCGGCUCGGACGAUGAUGUUCGAGUCAACGGGGCCAGCUCUCGGUCGAUGGCCUCUAGGCCUAAAGGACGCGAGAGAGCGACGUGGGAAGCGUCAGCUUCUCGAAACUGGGAGCUGCAAGAAGGCGCAGACGGUGACAUUGAAGGCGUGUAUGCUGGUAGGGAGGAAGCGGAGAAACGAAAGAAGCUCCAUAAAGAUACGACUCCUCUCCAGCGUGGUAUCAUUCGGCACACGAUUCUGAUGAUAGACUUGUCAUCGGCCAUGACAGAGAAGGAUCUUCGGCCGACUAGGCAUCUUCUCACCAUGACAUACACGAUCGCAUUCAUUCGAGAAUACUUUGAGCAGAAUCCAAUAUCCCAACUUGGUAUACUUGGUAUGCACGACGGCCUAGCGAUCAGAGUGAGUGAUAUGUCGGGAAACCCAAACGACCAUAUCAACGCCAUCAAAGUCCUGCGAGGCACCGAUCCGAAAGGCAACCCUUCUCUGCAAAACGGUCUCGACAUGGCUCGGGCGGCACUGUAUCAUACUCCAUCUCACGGCACACGGGAAGUCGUAAUCAUUUUGGGUGCUUUACUCACCUCGGAUCCCGGCGACAUCCACGACACAAUUAAGGCCUGCAUCAAGGACAAGAUUCGGGUCAACAUCAUCGGUCUUGCAGCACAGAUGCACAUUUGUGCAGAGAUCUGCCGCAAAACCAACCAAGGCGAUGAGAAUUGCUACAAUGUUGCACUUGAUGAGGUGCACUAUCGAGAACUGCUGAUGGGCAUCACAACACCCCCAGUCGUACGUGCUUCAGAUGCCGAAGCUCAGAAGCGGAACCAAGCUGCCCUCCUGAUGAUGGGAUUUCCCUCUCGUAUCGUCGAGGAGAAAGCUACCCUGUGUGCAUGUCACGGAAACUUGACACGCGGCGGGUACCUUUGCAGUAGAUGCAAAGCGAAGGUCUGCAAUCUGCCUGCUACAUGUCCAACAUGUGACUUGACGCUCAUCUUAUCCACGCACUUGGCCCGCUCAUACCAUCACUUGUUUCCUCUCCAGAAUUGGGUGGAGGUGUCAUGGGAGCGAGCUCGGCAGAAAGGUAGCACACAAUGCUAUGGCUGUCAAGCACCGUUCCCUGCAGUCCCUCGAGCGUCAGAUGGCGCGAACGGAGAGGCUCACGAAAAGACGAGGACUCGCGUUGAAGGUGCUUCCGAAUCCAGCAGAUACGAGUGCGAGACAUGCGAGAACCAUUUCUGCAUUGACUGUGAUGUCUUCUGCCACGAGACAGUCCACAACUGCCCCGGAUGCCAAAGCAACGCGCACUUGCCAGGCGUGGAAGCUGCCAAUGGUGCUUGA